UAUUGGACAGUUUCUUUUGUAUAUUAUAUGACUUUAUAAACUCCAACAACAAUGUGCUUCUAUUUUUUGUUUCAGGCUAAAUCUACCCAAGACGUUGGCUGUCAGACUGAUUUAGUAAUCUGCAAAAAUGCACUUGUCCAGGCUCAUGUAAAGCCUUAUCGACGUAGCAAAGCCACACAGUUUAGAGCUCCCAGCCGCAGUGUGUCUUGUGACACAGGUACCGUGACGGAAAUUCAUCUUCCACAAAGUCCCAGAGCUGCGUCCACACCCCAAGGUGUCCCGUUUGUACCGGUCGUUGUGUUGUGAACACGACAACAGUCGGCACACUGCUCCGUGUGACACAACGGUGUUCAUGCUGUGAGCACUACAAUGAAUGGUCCAGUCAGCCCAUGGUGAACAGCAUCCCAGCAGGAAACCUCCAGCUCUGUGCUGCUGUCCUUUUCACAGGCUCAUCAUUUAGCCAGAUUUCUAAGUUCCUGGGUGCCUUCAAUGUGCAGGGACUGUCCAAGCAGUCAUUCUGUCGGCAUCAGGCAAAGCUCUUAAUUCCAACAGUGAGCUGGCAGUGGCAGCUAGAGCAAGCUGAUAUCAUCCAGGAGGCUACUGAAUCUGGACCUGUGACUCUUGGUGGUGACAUGCGAGCUGAUUCACCUGGACACUCAGCCAAAUAUGGCAGCUACACCAUGAUGGAUCUCAAAAGAAACAAAGUUAUUGAUAUCCAACUUGUACAGAGCAAUGAAGUUGGGAAUAGUGUGCGAAUGGAGAAGGAGGGAUUUGUGCGAAGUCUGAGCACACUUUUGGAGAGGGGGGUCGAUGUGCAGCAAGUCGUGACUGACCGCCACACAGGAGUGCAGAAGUAUUUGAGGGAGGAAAAAAAGGAAAUCAGUCACUACUUUGACCCCUGGCACAUGGGAAAAGGAAUUGGUAAGAAAAUCGAAGAGCUGGGGAAGAGAAAGACGACCCAGGAUGUGAGACUGUGGAAGCAAAGUGUGGUGAACCACCUCUACUGGUCAGCAUCCAGUUCCUCCUCAGGACAGGAGGCAGUUGCAAAGUGGACUUCAGUUGCCAACCACAUCCAAAAUGUGCACAGCCAUGACAACGCCCUGUUCCCUAGCUGUCUGCAUGCACCUCUGGAUGGAGAACAGGCAAGACAGUGGCUCAAACCAAGCACAGCAUCAUGUGAGAAGCUCACUGCCAUUCUGUUAGCUCCACGGUUUGUGAAGGACGUAGAGAAGAUAAGCCCUCAGUACCACACAUCCACCUUGGAGGCUUUCCACAGUCUCAUCGUCAGAUUUACUCCAAAAAGUCAAGUCUUCUCCUUCAAAGGAAUGCUGUCUAGAUUACAAAUUGCUGCAAUGCACUAUAAUGAAAAUGCAGCACGCUCACAUGCAGCAACAGCAACUGGUGAGCUGAGAUAUGCUGUAGUGUACCCAAAGUACAAACGUGGAGACUACACAGUGAGAGCCCUGAAGACCAAUCCAACCUCAUUAUAUGUGCACAAGCUUAUGGACCUGCUGUUCGACUCUGUGGUGGUGGAUCCUCUCCCAUAUCAGGAGUACUCGGACAAAAUUACGGUUCCAGAACCGCUCUGUGCCCAGUUCCAAAGACCAGAUAAACGGGAUGCUGUGAGCAGGCACAGGUCCAGGUUUUAAAGUGCACGUCAGCCAGGCUGCACACCACUGUACGACAGAGGAGUUACCUGUCGUCAUUAUGGAUCUUUAUGCUCAUCCACUCGUGACUCAUGCUGUCCACCUCCCAGAUGUCUAUUGAUCUCUACAACCUUUC